AUGGUAGUUCUGACAUUUAAGGAUAUAAACAAAUCUGUUUGUAGCAUCGGGUCUCUUGAGAAAGUUAUAUCGUUCCUUAUACAUCUUUUACGAUUCGAUCCCAAAGAUCUACCGACGAUUCCCAGCAAAGAUGUAGAAAGUGGUGAGGAAUCUGUCGCUACUGAUGGCUACGCCGAUGACCCUGAAGACAACGUUUACAACUAUAUCGACGGUGAAGACAUCAACAACUCAGGACAGCCGAGUGGGGACCAAGGGAGUGAUGAACAACAGGCAGAUAAAGAGGGAGACAUUUCAUCCCCCAAUAACGUCCAGAUUGACGUCUCUGGCUUGCGAAACAAUAGUCCUUACGUGCCCGGUGCGCUGCGACAAAGUGACAACCGAACAGACAGCUCCAGCUGUCCAGUCGGCUACAGAUUCAUCCUGGCGACAUGCAUACGGCUCGGUUCUGAAGAGUUGCCUUUUGCUGCGGCAAAACUGACCUGCAAAAGGGAGGGAGCAACACUAGCCAUGCCUAAGACAAAAGAACUGGACGUCGCUCUGAGGAACCUGGUUCUCGCGGAAGGCCACAACUACAGUCAUUGGAUCGGCUUGAAGAAAAAGAGGGGACUCAGGAUUAACAAAAAGCUGUGGCAGUGGGUUGACGGAUUUCCCUUACGCAACUACAAGGGAUGGAUUCCAAGAGGGCCCGAUAACAACGUUAGGUCCCAGCUCUGCGUGUCAUACUAUUCACACCUCACUGGCUAUCCCAUGUGGAACGACACCAACUGUCAAAGACGAUACAGGUUUAUCUGCCAAGCUCCGCCAACAUAAUUAACCCUC